AUGUCUGGCCGUGGAAAAGGUGGAAAGGGUCUCGGAAAGUCUGGUGCUAAGCGUCACCGCAAGAUCCUUCGUGAUAACAUCCAGGGUAUUACCAAGCCCGCUAUUCGUCGUCUCGCCCGUCGUGGUGGUGUCAAGCGUAUCUCCGGUCUCAUCUACGAGGAGACCCGUGGUGUCCUCAAGACUUUCCUCGAAAAUGUCAUCCGCGACUCUGUGACCUACACUGAGCAUGCAAAGAGGAAGACUGUCACUGCCCUCGACGUCGUCUACGCCUCUCAAGCGCUCCGGCCGCACUCUCUACGGUUUCGGUGUUUAGACGCGUCCUGCCCUUUGAUUAUCUUGUGUAUUGUAAUGUAUAUUGCUUGGGAUAUCAAUUCGGCUUGCGACAAUAUCCUGUUCUAA